AUGUCCGAGCACAAGAGCAAAAAGCCAGCAAAUACGGCAUUCAAGCAGCAGCGGCUGAAAGCUUGGCAACCUCUCUUGACACCAAAGACGGUUCUUCCAACGCUGUUUGCAGUGGGCAUUGUGUUUGCUCCUCUUGGCGGCUUAUUCUUAUACGAGAGCGAAACGGUCAAUGAGAUCGUGAUCGACUAUACCGACUGCAUCACCUUGAACGAGACUGCUGUGCCGCUUGCUGAUAAUCUUUACGACUACAAGUUCACUUCAGAGAAUACAACGGUGAUUCGAGCACCCAGUUACUGGUUGACACAAGAAUCAAGUUACAUGUCAGGCCAAGCAGCACCUGCAGGAGAGACGAUACCUCGAUGCAAUAUCCAGUUUUCGAUUCCUUUUGAGCUACGAUCGCCCGUGUAUCUUUACUAUCGCCUCACCAACUUUUAUCAAAAUCACCGUAAAUACGUCAAGAGUUUGAGCUACAAUCAGCUAAAUGGCGAGAACGUUUCACCGGGUGAUGCCGAAGCUUCAUGUGCACCUGUUGGUACGGCUGCUGAUGGAAAAAUCUAUUAUCCAUGUGGAUUGAUUGCCAAUUCAAUGUUUAAUGAUACGUUUUCCAAUAUGACGCUUUUGAAUCCUCAAGGCAGUAGCGACAACAUCACAUACACAAUGAAUGAAAAGGGAAUUGCAUGGAGUUCGGAUGUAUCACGCUACAAAAAGUCGUCUACGCCUGUCGAACAGCUGACACCACCACCCAACUGGCAAAAGCGAUAUCCAUCCGGUUAUACAGCAGAAAACCUGUUUGAUCCCUCACAAGAUGAACACUUUUUGGUUUGGAUGCGGACGAGUUGGUACCCCACCUUCCGAAAACUCUACUCCAAAUAUGAGAGUGACCCACUACAACCAGGCACCUACCAGAUCCAAGUUGAUAUGAAUUAUGACAUUAGAACUUAUGGAGGCACCAAAUCCAUUGUUUUAUCGGGUACAUCAUUCUUGGGCGCUCGUAAUCCUUUUAUGGGCUUGGCUUAUAUCAUUAUGGGUUGCGCAUGUGCGUUCUUGGGUGUGGUGUUUCUUGGCUGGCACUUUUUCAGACCCAGGAAACUUGGCGAUCACGACCGCCUUUCAUGGAAUCAAUCCGGUGGUUUGGGACACUAA